AUGGCACCUUUCAGGCGCAAGGUGCGCGCCACCGACGCCGGCGACGUGACCAGAAAGGGGCCCGACGGCGGCGACAGCAGCGACAACGGCGACGUAUCCGGCCUCAAGAAGUUUACCCAGCGCAAGCCCGCCAACACGGCCUUCAAGCAGCAGCGCCUCAAGGCCUGGCAGCCCAUCCUCACCCCCAGGACCGUGCUCCCCACAUUCUUCCUCAUCGGCCUUGUGUUUGCCCCCAUCGGCGCCGUGCUCUACUACUUUAGCCAGCAGGUCAACGAGUUCACCAUCGACUACACCGACUGCCGCACGGCGCCGGCUUCGCCGCAGCAGCAGCAGAUCCCCACGUCCAAAUACGACUACCAGCUGCACGACAAAAACACGUCCAACUACCAGCCGCCGACGUGGUCGUGGGACGAGGCGGCGCGCACCUGCGACCUCUACUUUAGCGUUCCCGCCCAGCUCGACGCCUCCGUCUUCCUCUACUACAAGCUGACCAACUACUACCAGAACCACCGGCGAUAUGUCAAGAGUUUUGACUCGGACCAGCUGCUGGGCAAGGCCGUGUCGCGCAGCACCAUCGACGGCGGCGAGUGCAAGCCGCUCGACAUCGACGACGCCUCCGGCAAGAUCAUCUACCCGUGCGGCCUCAUCGCCAACAGCGUCUUCAACGACACGUUUGCCGACCCCGUCCUCCUCAACGUCGCCGGCGGCGACUCGCAGAACCAGACCUACGUCAUGAGCGAGCGCGGCAUCGUCUGGCCGGGCGAGCGCGACAAGUACAAGCCGACCAGCUACAGCGCCAACGACAUUGUGCCGCCGCCCUUCUGGACGGGCGCCGGCGCCGGCGGCGCCUUUGGCUUUCCCCAGGGCUACUCGAACGGCACCAUCUUUGACCCUUCGGACAACGAGCACUUUAUGGUGUGGAUGCGCACCGCCGGGCUGCCCACAUUCCGCAAGCUCUACAAGCGCAACGACGCCGAGCCCAUGCCCGCCGGGCGCUACCUGCUGCGAGUCACCGACAACUACCCCGUCGCCAUGUUCAAGGGCACCAAGAGCGUCGUCUUCAGCACCGUGUCGUGGGUCGGCGGCCGCAACCCGUUCCUCGGCCUUGCCUACAUUGCCGUCGCCGCCCUCUCGGUGCUCCUCGGCCUCAUCUUUACCGCGCGCCACCUCAUCCGCCCACGCAAGCUGGGCGACAUGUCGUUCCUCUCCUGGAACCAACCCGACAGCCACGGCAGAUAG